AUGUCGUCUGAAUGUCAAGGGAAGAGUUCAUGGCCAGAGCUGGUGGGAACCAAUGGAAGUGCAGCUGCAGCGGUCAUUGAGAAUGAGAACGACGAAGUCCAGGCCGCCAUCGUUGAAGAAGGCAAUAAGCUGGUGAGCUCCGAUUUUCGCUGUGACCGAGUCCGGCUCUGGGUCGAUGUCAAGGGCUUUGUGACCCGAGUCCCUGUAAUUGGUUGA